CUCUGUGCUAGUCAGGGCGCGGAGAAAACAUAUGGCGGGCCCAGAAAGAAAGUAACAAAAAGACGCAGCGUAGCGAUGAGUAAAAGUCGGUUGGCAACAUGCAGCAAGCAAGGAAUUCAGCAUGGCAUUGGCAAAUCACAGAAAUCACCGUGGAAGUUCGAAGAAAGUAUCAUGCUCUACAAAGGAGUGCCCAGCCAGCAGUCUUCAUUCCAUACAUUCAGCAGUGCAGUUGAAAUUGAACUGUUUCGGAAAAGGCUGCUUGCCUGGUACAGUAACUGCAAACGGGACCUUCCUUGGAGAAAAUUGGCUGCAACUGAAGCUGAUGUUGACAGACGAGCUUAUGCUGUGUGGGUAUCUGAGAUCAUGCUCCAACAGACACAAGUGGCUUCUGUGAUCAGUUACUACAAUCGCUGGAUGCAGAAAUGGCCAACCUUACAGGAUUUAGCUGGAGCUUCACUGGAGGAAGUGAAUGAACUAUGGGCAGGGCUUGGCUACUAUUCUCGAGGGAAGCGGCUCCAGGAAGGUGCACGUAAGAUUGUAUCAGAGAUGGCGGGUCAUAUGCCCAGGACAGCAGAGGAGCUGCAGAAGCUGUUGCCAGGAGUAGGGAAGUACACUGCAGGAGCUAUUGCAUCCAUAGCAUUUGGCCAGGUGACAGGUGUGGUGGAUGGAAAUGUAAUUCGGGUCUUGUGCCGUGUAAGAGCCAUUGGGGCUGACCCCAGCAAUUCUGGUGUUACUGAUAGAUUCUGGGCUUUAUCACACAUGCUGGUGGAUCCAGCCUGUCCAGGUGACUUUAACCAAGCUAUGAUGGAAUUGGGGGCAACAGUGUGCACUCCCAGAGUCCCGCUGUGCAUGGAAUGUCCUGUGAGGCAGCACUGCAGAGCUCACCACAGGGUGGAGAAGGAGCUGGAGGACUCUGCCAAAAGACUGACAGAAAGAACUGCCUCUAAGUGUUCCUGGGUGCUGGAUGUAGAAGAGUGUGGUAACCCUGCAGGAAGUUGCUCCCUUUGCCUGCCUCCUUCAGAACUGUGGGACCCUAGUCUUGGUGUGACCAACUUCCCCAGGAAAGCUGCCAAGAAACCGCCUAGGAUAGAAAGCACAGCCACAUGUGUGCUCCAGAGGAAAUGCCAUGACGACAAGCCAGAGUACCUUAUUGUACAGAGACCCAGCACAGGUCUGCUGGCAGGGCUGUGGGAGUUUCCUAGCUUCCUCCUUAGCCCGGGGCAGGAGAAGCAGCAAAAAGCAACCAUGGCCAAUCACAUUCAAGUAUGGGUUGGCAGUGACGUGACUGUGGGACACUUGCAGCACGUUGGAGAGGUUCUUCAUAUCUUCUCCCACAUUCGCCAAACAUACACAAUCUACUUUUUGAACCUGGACAAGUAUGAAGGAAAUUGCAAAAUGGAAGCCGCAUCGGCACCAUAUAAAUGGGUGACCAAAGAAGAAUUCCAGACUUCGGCUGUUUCUACUGCUAUGAAGAAGGUCUUGAAAGCCUAUGAAAAAUGGAGCUCUACAAUCAGUGUUUCCAAGGUUGCCAAGAGGAAACGGGACUCUCUGUGUGCCAGGAAGCCAGUACUUGAAGCAGAGAACAGCUCUUCCAAGAAGCAACUUUCCCUGGAUUCUUUUAUUGUACCUCACCCCAAGAGCUAACAAUACUAUUUGUAACCUUCCUGAACUAACACAUGCAGGAAUACAUCAAGCCAAGCAAUAAUUAAUGGUACUAAGAGCACCACUGGUGGCUCCCUUAGAUGGCUGUAACUAGAAUUACAAGGUCUAGAACUCUCCUGGUGACGCAGUGAGGUGUGCCUGCAUGGUGUGGGCAGCAUCUAACAGUAUAAGCAAAGCUUAAAUUGUGGGGGGGUCUCCUCCCCACCCACCUUUGAGUAUCUCAUCCUAUAGAUUAGAUGAUAAGAGGAAAUAGACAUGGGUUUUCAACAAACUUGCAGAUGUCUUGAUGGGAAAUGGCUGUGAUCAGAGCAAGCACUUUGUGGGAGAAUGCUGAGGAUUUAUCAGGCUGCUCUGUUUACAUACAUCGUGCAAUCAACUGGAAAGAAGAGAGUAGGGAUUUCUUGGCCUCACUGUGGUAUGCCAUAUAGUAACAAAACUGAAGUGCGUGGGGGUAGACUAACUAUAGUGGGGUGAGACGACUCCCCUUCUCUGGUGUCCACUGAGCAAAACAGUUCAACAAGAGAUAUCUUAUGCAUCCAAUAUUGUUUUCUUAGAGCAACUGCUUCCCCUAGGCAAAUAACUGUAUACAAUUAUCACAAAAACCCAAUAAUGCAACACCGUCUUAAAUGCCAGCAUUCGUGUAGUUCAAUGAGUCAAUGGUUUUUAGAGCUUGCAAUGUUCUUCUUUAUUUCCAGUCAUGCUAAUAAACUUUUAAUGAUUUCAUACAGA